CACGACGACAAUCUCCCGGUUUUGAUCCCCAUCCGUCACAAUGGCGAUCAAGCACAACAACCAGCUUCAGAACCCUCACUUCCACAAGCACUGGCAGCGUCGUGUCCGUGUGCACUUCGAGCAGGCCGGUCGCAAGCACCGCCGUCGUGAGGCUCGUCUUGCCAAGGCUGCCGCUGUUGCUCCUCGCCCGGUUGAUAAGCUGCGUCCCGUUGUGCGAUGCCCUACCAUCAAGUACAACCGCCGUGUUCGUGCCGGUCGUGGUUUCACUCUUGCUGAGCUGAAGGAAGCUGGUAUCCCCAAGAAGCUCGCCCCCACCAUUGGUAUCGCCGUUGACCACCGCCGCAUUAACUACUCCAAGGAGUCUCUGGUCGCCAAUGUCACCCGCCUCAAGGACUACAAGGCUCGCCUGAUCCUCUUCCCCCGCAAGAGCGGUCAGUUCAAGAAGCUCGACUCCUCCGCCGAAGAGGUCAACGCUGCCAAGGCUGCUUUCGCUGCUGAGGGCAAGACCCAGGGCUACGCCGCCAACGUCGGCGCCAUCCUGCCCAUCAAGAACAUCUCCGCCGCCGAGGCUGUCACUGAGAUCAAGCGCGAUGAUCUCCCCAAGGGUGAGGAGGCUGCAUACCGCCGGCUGCGUGAGGCUCGCAGCGAGGCCCGCUACCAGGGUGCUCGGGAUAAGCGUGCUAAGGUCAAGGCAGAGGCAGAGGCUGAGGCUAAGAAAUAAAUGUAAUUCGCACUACUCUCAGCUAAUGAUGAUUGGGUCGAUUUUCAUGUCGGGGAUUAAUUUUCUGUGGCAUGGCGUGGCGUGGCGCCUCUUUUUCCCUUUUACUCUUUCUCCCUCUUCUUCUACCUUUGUCUCCUUGAGCAGAUGAAACCAAAAAAAAAAAAGCUCCGAACUACCCUCGAAAUGCAAAUGUCCGAAUUUCAUGUCCCAUCCUCCCCCUUCUUCUUCUUCUUCUUCUUUGCGUCCCUCAGUAGAUCUGUCUGUCUGUCUGUCUGUCUGCGCCUAUUCCUUAGGGCACGCAUUCGAAAAAGUACUCGAGACAUAUAUAUGGUAGGAGCUAUAGGAGCCUUGUAAACCCUGUAUUGACAAGUAGAUACAUUCAGAUCGAUUCGGUCUUUUCGAGUACUUGGUAGUGUUCUCAUUUCGAAAGAUUAGGUACAUUACAUUGAACUCUACGGCUACAACAGAACAGAACAGGA